CUAGAAGCUAGGACAUGAUGCUGUAUGAAUUCUUCUGGGCUGUAUAGGGUCUUUGUGAGGGGUAGGCUGCCGGUGAGCUACUUCUAAAUCAGACACACCUCUGGGUUGGGCUAUUUUGGAAGCUAAGUACUUGAUGAGGCUUAAGGUAUGGUCUGCUAAGGACAAGGGAUUUUAUUCUGUGUUUUUACAUGUACUUUGAUGAAGUGAUGCAGCUGAGGGACAGUCUCCUUUGUCAGUAGCAGACUAGGGCUCAGGAGUGCUGACUUGCAGUGAGCCUUCACUAUCGUCUUUCAAAGUGUGGAUUGUUGGCUUUAAGGCAGCUAGGUAAGAAAGAAAAAGGGACGUGCUAUGGGGGUGCCUUUAUUUGAGGAUAGCAAACCCUUCUAUUUCCGGAUCUGGAAUGGACUAAGUCAGAAGUUGCAAGGCAAAAAAUCCUGGGAUAAACAUCUGGAUGAAAUCUACUUACUCCAGCAGAAAAGGAUCUGGGAAUCCCCACUUCUCCAGGCUGCCAAAGAGAACAACCUCCCAGCCAUUAGGAAACUUCUCACUGAUGGAACAUGUGAUAUCUAUCAGAGAGGUGCAGUGGGGGAAACUGCCCUUCACGUAGCUGCCUUGUAUGAUAACAUGGAGGCAGCAGUGGCUCUGAUGGAAGCAGCUCCUGAGCUUAUCAAUGAGAGGAUGACAUCAGAGCUCUAUGAAGGCCAGACAGCUCUCCACAUUGCAGCAGUGAACCAAAACAUCAUCUUGGUGAAGGCUUUACUCAAGAGAGGAGCUAAUGCCUGCACGGCACGGGCUACUGGGCACUUCUUCAGGCGCAGAUCCCAGAAUCUUUUCUAUUUUGGAGAGCAUGUUUUAUCAUUUGCUGCUUGUGUGGGAAAUGAGGAAAUUGUACAGUUGCUCAUUGAAAAUGGAGCUGAUAUUAGAGCUCAAGAUUACCUGGGUAAUACUGUUCUUCACAUCCUGGUUCUCCAACCUAAUAAGACGUUUGCCUGCCACAUGUACAGCCUGAUACUCUCCUAUGAUAGGAACAAAGAGGGACCAGGGUCACUUGAAUUGAUUCCUAACAAUGAGGGGCUAACUCCAUUCAAACUGGCUGGAGUUGAGGGUAAUACUGUGAUGUUUCAAUACCUUAUGCAGAAGAGGAAGCACAAUCUUUGGUCCUUUGGCCCCUUGACCACUGUUCUCUAUGAUCUCACAGAGAUUGACUCCUGGGCUGAAGAUCAGUCCUUCCUUGAGCUCAUUGUCUCAACCAAGAAGAGAGAGGCACGCCAAAUCUUGGACCUAACACCUGUGAAGGAGCUGGUGAGCCUGAAGUGGAAUAUGUAUGGCCGUCCCUAUUUCUGUUUCCUGGCUUUAUUCUAUAUACUCUACAUGGUCUGCUUCACUAUGUGCUGCGUCUACCGACCUCUGAAACCCCGAACAGGCAACAAAACAAGCAGCAGAGACAAUACAAUCUAUGUCCAGAAAAUGCUGCAGGAAUCAUAUAUGACGUAUGAAGAUGAGCUGAGGCUGGUGGGGGAGCUAAUCACUGUCAUUGGAGCUGUAGUAAUUUUGAUCCUUGAGAUCCCAGAUAUCCUUAGAGUUGGAGCAGCAAAAUACUUUGGACAAACCAUCCUAGGAGGGCCUUUCCACAUAAUUGUCAUCACAUAUGCUUUCAUGAUUCUAGUAACCAUGGUGAUGCGUCUCACGAGCACAACUGGUGAGGUGGUGCCCAUGUCUUUUGCCCUGGUGCUAGGAUGGUGCAAUGUCAUGUACUUUGCACGAGGCUUCCAGAUGCUCGGACCCUUUACCAUCAUGAUCCAGAAGAUGAUAUUUGGAGAUCUUAUGCGCUUUUGCUGGCUCAUGGCUGUGGUGAUACUAGGCUUUGCAUCAGCUUUUUACAUCAUCUUCCAGACAGAGAACCCUGAGAACCUUGGACAGUUCUACAAUUAUCCCAUGUCCUUGUUCACCACCUUUGAGCUUUUCCUCACUAUCAUUGAUGGCCCUGCAAAUUAUGAUGUGGAUCUGCCUUUUAUGUACAGUGUGGUAUACUUUGCCUUUGCCAUCAUUGCCACGCUCCUUAUGCUCAACUUGCUAAUUGCCAUGAUGGGUGACACCCAUUGGAGAGUGGCCCAUGAACGGGAUGAGCUCUGGAGAGCCCAGGUUGUUGCUACCACUGUCAUGCUGGAAAGGAAACUGCCAAGGUGUCUCUGGCCUCGCUCUGGGAUCUGUGGCCGGGAGUAUGGGCUAGGGGAUCGAUGGUAUCUCAGAGUUGAAGACAGGGUUGAUCCCAUCAAACACAAGAUGAUGCGGUAUACAGAAGCAUUUAAGGCUCAGGAUAAGGAUAACUAUGACAAAGGUUUGGAAAAGCUGGAAAUAAAUAGGGACAUCCUGUACAAGAAGGAGCUGCCUGCUCUCUCAUUGUCACGGAGCACAUCCAAGACUAGUUCUCACCGUGGCUGGGAGAUCCUCAGGCGUAACACCUUCCACCAACUUCAUGAGGAGGCUGGACAUGCUAUGGAAGAGGAGGUCUAUAAUGUCUAGGAGGCCUCUUUUUUUUUUUCCCACAACACAGAACACUUUUGCCACAGCAGUUGUCUUCUCCAGCUGUUCAUACAUGUUCCAGCAUCCUACUCACAUUCAGCCUUGAACAACUCUGCUGGUAAAGAGUUCAUGCACAUUUCAUGGUGUCUAUGCUAUGAUAUAUGAAUGUCAUCUUUUCUCUCCUACACUUACGUGUUUCUGCUCUUGCACUGAUAUUUGCACCAUGCUGGUGGAUUUGUUAAGCUAAGAUCUGUGGUAGUUUUUUAUGCUUUGUAAUGCCCUACAGGACUGAACAAAAGAAGCCAGCAACAAGAUUGCACCCAUUUACAAAAAAGUGAUCAGUAAGCCUUCUCCCAGACUGUUACAUGUAGUAUAAUCUCUCCCUUCAGUUUCACAAAAUUCCAAUGUUCUCAUAGGAAAGAGGGCUGACUGAAGUUCUGCUUUAUGAUUUGGUACGAAACUGAAAAAACCUCUGUAACUAAGCUCAGGAAUGAAAGUAGUUACUGACAUUGUGGUGACUGUAACUAUACAGCUGGCAUUCAGGGCCUGACAGAUUUCGCCCUCUGAAGAAAAGCAGUCUCUACUAGCUGCAUUUUCAGUACUACUAUCCUAACAGG